GAGCCGCUUCGGGCAGCGCGCACCGCAACGGUCGAAUUUCAAAAGGAAGGUGGGUGUGUUCGUCGUCUUCUGUGGUGGUUGUCUGCAUAUGAAGGUCGAGCGCCCCUGUCGCGGGCAUGUCGGAACACACAUCUGCAGUGGUCACGUGCGAGGGCGGCUGCAGAGGUGAAUUUCAUGGCUGACGUGCGGAGGAGAUUGCCUCUGCUGGUACUCGCUGUCGUUGUCUUCCUGAUUGUCGUCUUCCUCUACGUGUGUUUUUCGUGGCGGUCGUGGAAACAACAACGCAAGAGGAGGGCUUCGACGAGACGGGCGGCAGGCGAACGUCUAAUGGCGGGCAUGCAGGCACGACCGGCUUCUGCCGCAGGUCAGGGAGGAGUUCGAUCUUCUGCGGCGGAGCCUCGAAGGCGGUACGACCCGUCCAUGUACACCCAUCUGGAGUCGUGGGACACGCCAUUGCCCCCGUCGGACGAGGAGCCAGAGAAGGAAGAACUUUCGACGUUGCCUCUCGCUAGCGGCUCGACUCAGUUGUGGUCGCAGACGGUGCGAGCAGACGGGUCGGCUCUCGACGGAGGGGGCGAGUUCACGUCAUUGCUCCAUCAAGGCUUGCGGGACGACGACGGCGGAGGAGUUGAUCUGAGACGAAGGGAUGAGGGAAGACGUGGAAGCGACGACAACGACGUUCCAAUUCGGCCUUUGGGGAAGACGGCUGGGAGGGGGAAAGGACGCGGCAGAGGUGGUGUCCGUGGUCGAUCCGUUGGCCGUGGAGGCAGAGGUGGCAUAAGUGACGACGCCGGGAAGUCUCCGACGUACUGGUCUGCAGAAGACCAAAUUCUCCUGGUGCGAUGCAAGCAGGAGCAAGAUAUGCACCUCGUCGGCUUGUCUCACAAUUACGGGCGGAUGAAGACGAAAGAGUGGAAUUGGGAGGACAUGUCGAAGCGGAUGGCGAAUGCGGGGAGACCGACGGACGCUGACGACUGCAUGAAGAAGUGGGACAAUCUGUUCCAGAACUACAAGAAAAUUCAGAGGUUUCAGAAUGCCAGCAGGCGGCCAGAUUUUUUCAGGCUCACGAACGAAGAGAGGAAGGAGCACAACUUCAAGUUCCGGAUGGACAGGGCGCUGUACAACGAGAUCCACGCAGGCAUUGUGGGGAACCACAUGAUUUUCCCUCCCAACGUUGCCGACACUGGCAGUCCGGAUGGGGUGCCGCUGCCCAGGCGAGGAGCGGGUGGCGGGGAGUCUGUUUGUAGUGAGGCGGCCGGUGAAGGCUGCCCUGACGAGCGUUCUUCUGCGAGGGAGUCUGACAGCAACGUAGGCAGCGGGGCGGGAGGCGGGAAGCGGAAGAACGCGCGUCAACAGGCAUUCGAGUCCAUCUCCGAUGUCAUGGAACGCCAUGGCGCACUGAUGUCGUCGACGAUCGAAUCGUCUAGCAAGCGGCAAUGCAGCAUCUCCACGAGGCAAUGCGACAUAUUGGAGCAGGAAGUUGCCAUCCAAAAAGCGCACUAUGCGGCGUCCGAUGAGACACAGCGGAUGAUUUGCCAAGCACUGUUCGAGAUCGCUGCCGCCAUCCGUGGUCGAUCGGCCAUGUAGGCCAUUACGUACUAUGUUGAUCAAAGUUGGUUCUUUGCCGUCAUCAUGGAGUUCUUUAUUUUUUUUAUCGGUUGUGAAUUGCAUGAUGUUGCCAUUGGCGAUGCUCGUGGACGGCUGCCACGGAAGCAAUGCCAAGUAGUUGACGGACAAUCAAGGGCAGCGAGAGGG